ACUCGCACGCUUAUAAGCGAGAGUGCUUUGCCCUCAUUUAAGUGUGGUUAAGAGGGUACAGCAUGCGUCACGCUCACACGUCGCGAGUACAAUUUUUGUGUGGACGUCCAGUGUGUGGCUGCUGUGGGAAAAGCUGAAGAAAAUUGCAUUUUUUGCAUAAUGCGCGACGUGAAAAGCUAACAAAAGUUGUGCUAAAUCAAAAUUCAAUAGUCUGGCCACGGUUUGUGCGUAAGAGCGGGCGGCGCGAACGUGUUUGGUGCACAAAAACCACGUCUCGAAAAAGUCAAGAAUUCUACGUGCACACAUUUUUGGGCUGCCAUAUAUAAAAAAAACGCAUACAAACGCAUUUUCUUGCUGUAUAUGCGAAGCAGCACACACACACAGGCCAAGGAGCACACCCACACACACACGCAUACAAUUGCACUCACGAGAUAUGCGAGCAUAAAGAAGAAUUUUUUCUUAGUUGUAUUACAAGAGCAUUAGAUACAUAUAUAAGUAUAUAAAUAUACAUAUAUACACGCCUAGGUGUGUACAUAAAAGAUACAUACAUAUAAAAUUAAACGAAAGCUGUGCCUACAUUUGUGUUCUUUUCCAAUACUAAAAUAACAACAACAAACAAUAAUAAUAUAAAUAAAAUAAAAUGCAAAUCAAGAGAGAGAAAGAGACGAGAUAAUAAACCACUUGUCUGUUGCUAAUUCCAAUUUAUAUAAAAAAUAACGCCUACGCCACGCCCACGCGCAACAACAACAAAAAAAAAAAUCAACAAAUGCAAAAUCAACCAAACGAAUAAAACUUUAAACUACUUUAAAGUGUGAUAAGCAAAAGGCUGAAAUCAAAAACAAAAACAAAACUAUAAAUAAUUAGUAGAAAAACCAAAAGCAAAGGCAACAACAACAACCACAACAACAAUCAAUUACAUUUUACACCAAACAACACAAAACAUCAAAUAAGCAAACAAAAAAGAAAAAGAGCCAACCUUUUAUACAUUAAUUAUUUUUCUUAAACCAAAACCUAACUUAGUGCAAAGACAUGUAUCCAGUUGGACAACAGUCACAGUGGACCCCCUCGCCCACUCGGCCUCAGAGUCCCUCUCAGGCGCAGACUAGCUUCGACACGCUCACAUCACCACCAGCGCCCGGCUCGUCGGUCAAUCCCACCGCCGUCACCAGCCCAAGUGCCCAGAAUGUGGCCGCUGGUGGAGCAACUGUGGCCGGUGCAGCUGCAACUGCCGCCCAGGUGGCCUCCGCCUUGGGCGCCACCACCGGCAGUGUGACUCCAGCGAUUGCCACCGCAACGCCAGCUACUCAGCCGGAUAUGCCCGUCUUUACGUGUCCACGUCGCCCGAAUCUCGGACGAGAGGGUCGACCGAUUGUGCUGCGGGCCAAUCACUUCCAGGUGACGAUGCCACGCGGCUAUGUGCAUCACUAUGAUAUCAACAUUCAACCGGAUAAGUGUCCGCGGAAGGUCAACCGUGAGAUUAUCGAGACUAUGGUGCAUGCCUACAGCAAGAUCUUCGGUGUGCUGAAGCCUGUGUUUGAUGGUCGCAACAAUCUGUACACACGCGAUCCCCUGCCCAUUGGCAAUGAACGUCUGGAGCUGGAGGUGACUCUGCCUGGUGAGGGCAAGGAUCGCAUCUUUCGAGUGACGAUUAAAUGGCAGGCUCAGGUGUCGCUCUUCAAUCUGGAGGAAGCACUCGAAGGCCGUACCCGGCAGAUACCAUACGAUGCUAUUUUGGCCUUAGAUGUGGUUAUGCGUCAUCUGCCCAGCAUGACGUACACGCCAGUGGGACGGAGCUUUUUCAGUUCUCCGGAGGGUUACUACCAUCCUCUGGGCGGUGGACGUGAGGUUUGGUUCGGUUUCCAUCAGAGCGUGAGGCCUUCGCAGUGGAAGAUGAUGCUUAACAUUGAUGUCUCGGCCACCGCUUUCUAUAAGUCUCAGCCAGUCAUUGACUUUAUGUGCGAGGUGCUGGAUAUUCGCGACAUCAACGAGCAGCGCAAACCCCUCACCGACUCGCAGCGCGUCAAAUUCACCAAGGAGAUCAAGGGUUUGAAGAUCGAGAUCACUCACUGCGGACAGAUGCGUCGCAAGUAUCGCGUGUGCAACGUCACCCGGCGACCCGCCCAGAUGCAAUCUUUCCCACUGCAGCUGGAGAACGGACAGACCGUGGAGUGCACUGUGGCCAAGUAUUUCCUGGACAAGUAUCGCAUGAAAUUGCGCUAUCCGCAUUUGCCCUGCCUCCAGGUGGGCCAAGAGCACAAGCACACCUACCUCCCUCUGGAGGUGUGCAACAUUGUGGCUGGACAGCGUUGCAUCAAGAAGCUGACCGAUAUGCAGACGUCGACCAUGAUCAAAGCCACCGCCCGUUCUGCUCCCGAUCGCGAGCGUGAGAUCAAUAAUUUGGUAAAGCGCGCCGACUUCAACAACGAUUCGUAUGUGCAGGAGUUCGGUCUGACCAUCUCAAAUUCCAUGAUGGAAGUGAGAGGACGCGUUUUGCCGCCACCCAAACUUCAGUAUGGGGGACGUGUGUCUACCGGACUCACCGGUCAGCAGCUGUUCCCUCCACAGAACAAGGUUAGCCUGGCCUCGCCCAAUCAGGGUGUAUGGGAUAUGCGCGGCAAGCAGUUCUUCACUGGCGUUGAGAUCCGUAUCUGGGCAAUCGCCUGUUUUGCCCCACAGCGCACAGUGCGCGAAGAUGCGCUGCGUAACUUUACCCAGCAGCUGCAGAAGAUCUCAAACGACGCCGGCAUGCCGAUCAUUGGCCAGCCGUGCUUCUGCAAGUACGCCACCGGGCCGGACCAGGUGGAGCCAAUGUUCCGCUACCUGAAGAUUACCUUCCCAGGUCUGCAGCUCGUCGUGGUUGUAUUGCCUGGCAAGACUCCAGUAUAUGCAGAGGUAAAACGCGUCGGCGACACUGUUCUGGGUAUGGCUACCCAGUGUGUGCAGGCUAAGAACGUGAAUAAGACAUCGCCGCAGACGCUGUCCAACCUGUGUCUCAAGAUUAACGUCAAGUUGGGCGGUAUCAAUUCCAUCCUGGUGCCCUCCAUCAGGCCGAAGGUCUUUAACGAACCGGUUAUCUUUUUGGGUGCUGAUGUUACCCACCCACCAGCUGGGGACAACAAGAAACCAUCGAUUGCCGCGGUCGUUGGCUCCAUGGAUGCUCAUCCGUCGCGCUACGCCGCAACUGUUCGGGUGCAGCAGCAUCGUCAAGAAAUCAUCCAGGAGCUGAGCAGCAUGGUGCGUGAGCUGCUGAUCAUGUUUUACAAGUCAACGGGUGGCUAUAAGCCCCACCGCAUCAUACUCUAUCGGGACGGAGUCUCCGAGGGCCAGUUCCCGCAUGUUCUGCAGCACGAGCUGACCGCUAUUCGCGAGGCCUGUAUUAAGCUGGAACCAGAAUAUCGACCAGGCAUUACGUUCAUUGUAGUACAGAAGCGCCAUCAUACACGUCUUUUCUGCGCCGAGAAGAAGGAGCAAAGCGGCAAAUCGGGCAACAUUCCCGCUGGCACCACCGUCGAUGUGGGCAUCACACAUCCCACCGAAUUCGAUUUCUAUUUGUGCAGCCAUCAGGGCAUCCAGGGCACCAGUCGCCCCUCACACUACCACGUUCUGUGGGACGACAAUCACUUUGACUCGGACGAGCUACAGUGCCUCACGUACCAGCUAUGCCACACGUACGUGCGGUGCACCCGUUCCGUCAGUAUACCGGCGCCAGCCUAUUAUGCCCAUUUAGUAGCCUUCCGUGCUAGAUACCAUCUGGUGGAGAAGGAGCAUGAUUCGGGCGAGGGAUCGCACCAGAGCGGCUGCUCCGAGGAUCGUACACCAGGUGCCAUGGCCAGGGCCAUCACUGUGCACGCGGACACCAAGAAGGUUAUGUACUUUGCCUAAAAAGUAUAGACACCGACCGACUCCCCCAUAAAACCAACACCAAAAAGCUAAGGAAUACAAAAUCAGUUUCGAAAUUCGAUUCGAAUAAGCUACUCCCCCCACUUCCUUCCCCUCAGAGAUCAGAAAGCGAAUGAAAGCCAAUCAUAAAAAUAUAGAAUUAAGUUUAAAGUUAAAUUUUACGUUGAGCGAGGAGAGUUCGAUGAGAGGGAAAACCAACGAGAAUACGAAGAUCUUGCAUGAAUUAGUAAUUUAGUAAGCAGAUGAGAAAAAAUCCCACAAAGACACACAAACACACCACUCACUCUCAUCCACACUCACAGAUGCACACACAAAGCAGAUAGCCCCACAGUGAGAAAUUAUAUAGGAAUAUAGGCAAUCGAAUGUCAGGCACAAGUUUGCGCAACCGAAGGAAAACAAGCGAAAGCGAAAUGUGAGAAUUCUCAAAAACAAGCGUAGCAAACAAAUUUGAAAGCAAAUAGGAAAUCAACUAAAAGGGAACAAAAACUACGACAGCAACACCAACCAACAACAAAAACCAAGGGAAAAAAAAUAAAGAAAAGCGUCAUUAACACGAGAGAGAGACAACUUUUGUAAAAUAAAUUACGAUUAAAUUGUACAAUAUAUUUUUACACGAUACGAAAUGAAGACAUGAUGAAUGAAUAUGAAUGAAUGCACACAACCAAAGGUUUUUAGUAUACAAAAAAAAAAGAAAACAACAAGGAAAUGAAUACGUUGCUGAUCGACUCACACAGCAAAAACACCACAAGAACACCAACCACUCGGAUUCUCUGUACUGUGAACGAAGACCACCACCAAAUUAUAAACAAACAAACAAACAAAAAAUAAACACAAAACGACAUUAAGGCGACAAGCAUUGAAAGAGUGUAAACACAACUUAGUAUGUACUAAAUGAAAUACUUCAAUAACUAGGGCGUGCAGAUAAAAGAAACGAUAAAACCAAGCAAGAACAUUUAAUAGUUUGUAAGUUGGGCUCUACCAAAAAAAAAAAAAAAAAAAAAACGAAAAAAAAAUCAGUUAAAAGGGCGACGACGAUGAGAGAGCGUGACGGAGUAAACGAGAACUGCAAUUUCAACAAGGGACAAACUUUUGGUCAAUACAAUAGCUAUACUUAAAGAGCGGAGCCUAGUAUAUACACAACCCUAAGCCUAAACUAAACUAAAAUUUAAAGUUUUUACAAAACGAUAAACGAAAAAGCGGAAUGGAACUGUAACAAUAUAGAAUAUAUACUUAAAUUCAAAAAGUGCAAAUAACAAGGGUAGCAACAGAGCGUUGAAAGUGCAGAUAUUUUAUGUUAGUCUUUAGUUUUAUCCUCUUGUAACAACACACACAGACACACACCCUCAGACAGACGCAAUCAGACUCAAAACUUCUCCCUACCCGAGUUCAAGGCAUAUCACUCAAUGUCCUCUUAUUUAUGUACCUCCUACAGUUUAGUCUAACGAUAAUAUUUAGUUUGUACCUUAUAUUUUUUACAAAAGCUUAACGAAAUUUGUUGAUUUCUUGAUGUUGAUUCUUCUUCGAAUGAAACGAAAAAUAAGAUCGCGAACACACAGGCCUGCUUUUCGUUGUAAUUUCUUAAUUAAUUAACUUAAGAGCAAAGUGGUGUACGGGUAAUAUAAAACGAGGUUAAAAAAAAAAAAUGGCACUCUUCUCCACCGUCCCAAGGAGAGAGAGAGAGUGAGGUGGCAACUACAUUUCAAUAUUUUACAAAGUAGUUUUAGUUUCGCCAAAAUCAACAAGCAACAACAAACAAACAAACAAUAUCAAUAUGAGAAAACGUAUGCUUAUUAAUUGUACUAUAUCGAGGACACAGUUCAAGUUAACAUUAUGAUGAGUUGUUAUUUAUGCGGUACGGGCGAUGUAGAUUUUCUCUAAAUCAUCAGUACCGAAAACCUUAUUUAUAAUUGUGUACAUCCUUAACAGAUCCUUUAAUUUAGAUUUAGUUUUCCAAGUUCGCAAGCUGUUUUGCCAAUCGUACAUUAUAUGUGAGCAUUAUAAAAUACAUCAUACAUAUAUAUAAAUCAA